ACGUCACAGACAGAUGGUUGCUGUGCAUGCUAUUUCUUUCUGCCAGAGGAUUUCAUAACACUCCUUUUUUUGUUCCACGUUUUUCUAGAAGGAGCCGGGUGAUCCAAAAGUCAGGAGGUGUGUGCCUUGUAGCCAUGUUGGGAGAUGCAGUUCCAUUCCCAGAACAGGUAAAUGGCAGGAGUUGCAGCCAAGAAAGCAAAUCUUCGCACCUGCGAGGCUCUGAGAAGAAAUGCUCAUGGGCCUCCUAUAUGACUAAUUCUCCUACUCUGAUUGUAAUGAUUGGCCUUCCUGCAAGAGGCAAGACUUAUGUAUCCAAGAAACUAACUCGCUACCUCAACUGGAUUGGAGUGCCUACAAAAGUUUUUAAUUUAGGAGUGUAUCGUCGUGAAGCAGUAAAAUCAUACCAGUCAUACGAUUUCUUCAGACAUGAUAACGAGGAAGCCAUGAGGAUUCGGAAACAUUGUGCAUUGGUUGCCCUUCAAGAUGUAAAAGUUUAUCUCAUGGAGGAAUCUGGCCAGAUUGCUGUCUUUGAUGCAACCAAUACAACUCGAGAGAGGCGAGACAUGAUUUUAAGUUUUGCUAAAGAAAAUUCCUUUAAGGUCUUUUUUGUGGAGUCUGUCUGUGAUGAUCCAGAGGUCAUUGCUGCUAAUAUACUGGAAGUAAAAGUCUCCAGCCCCGACUACCCUGAGAGAAACCGAGAGAAUGUGAUGGAUGACUUCUUGAAACGAAUAGAGUGUUACAAAGUCACCUAUCAGCCUCUUGAUCCAGUUGAUUAUGACAAAGAUCUUUCUUUCAUUAAAGUGAUCAACGUAGGGCAACGCUUUCUUGUCAACCGUGUCCAGGAUUACAUUCAAAGUAAAAUCGUCUAUUAUCUCAUGAAUAUCCAUGUUCAGCCACGCACCAUCUAUCUUUGUAGACAUGGUGAGAGUGAGUGCAACCUUGUCAGCAAGAUUGGUGGGGAUUCAGGUCUAUCACCUCGUGGAAAGCAGUUUGCUCAAGCACUGAAAAAAUACAUCAAAGAUCAAGAGAUUGUGGAUCUGAAGGUUUGGACCAGCCAACUGAAGAGAACAAUCCAGACAGCAGAAGCCCUGGGGGUGCCAUAUGAGCAGUGGAAGAUCUUGAAUGAAAUAGAUGCUGGAGUAUGUGAAGAAAUGACAUAUGAAGAGAUUCAAAGGAAAUAUCCAGAGGAGUUUGCACUUCGGGACCAAGACAAGUACCUUUAUCGCUACCCUGGAGGAGAAUCUUAUCAAGAUUUGGUCCAACGCUUGGAACCUGUGAUUAUGGAGUUGGAACGUCAGGGCAACGUCCUAGUCAUUUCCCACCAGGCAGUUAUGAGAUGUUUACUGGCCUAUUUCCUCGAUAAGGGUGCAGAUGAGCUACCCUAUUUGAAGUGCCCCCUUCACACCAUCUUUAAACUCACUCCUGUUGCUUAUGGCUGUAAAUUAGAAAUGAUUUCUCUGAACGUUGAUGCUGUGGACACACACCGAGACAAACCAUCUACCAUGAACAACCUUCCCAAGAGCCAAACCCCUGUAAGGCUGAGAAGGAACAGCUUCACGCCACUAGCCAGUCCGGACACAGUAAAGCGUCCUCGCAAUUACAGUGUCGGGAGCAAACCUCUCAAUCCAGCAGGGUCGCUGCUGUUGCUGGAAGGCCGAAAUGAGAAGGAUCAACAGAAGCUGCAAGACAGUUUUCAGCUUCAAGUGAAAAGAGCUGGCCUCUGGCCUAGCAGUGUAGAUGCCACAGAAAACCAUCACAGAGGUAUCAGAAAAUAGACCACCUUGGACUGGAACCUCUUCCUUUUGAUCAAACUCUAGUAUGUUUGAUGAGGCUGCUGAUGCCUCAGAAGGCUUUAAACCAUUGUGGACUUCCUAGAUUUCCAUACAAAUGGCAUGUUCUCUAAUAUCUGCAGACAUGGUAGUAGUGAAAAAUUGCAUGGUAAUACGUGCUACAGUAACAAAAACUGCAUUUAGAGUAAGCUUGCUUUAAAAUCCCAAGUUUUAGGGCUGCACUUAGACAACUUCAAGAAACAAUACUUUCUCAAAAGCUGGGACACGUUUAUGUGGCAAACUGAAAAAAGUGGUUUAAAUGUUUUGCCAUCCAGCUAAGUAACCUUGGGAUAUGUGCUUCUCAGAGGUAAAAGCAGUUCUCUGCCAGCUUGAUAAACUAGUGGUUGCCUAAAUUCUUUGAGGAUAAGCCUUAAACAUGCUUCAGGCAAGAUUAGAUAUAUAUAUGCUCAAAGAUACAUGGAGUUUCUUCCACACAAAAACUUUCUGAGGGGUUUUUGGUUGCUGUGUCUUGAUUUUACUAGGGAUUUAGGAGCAUAGCUCCUGACAGAAGAGACAGUGAGGAUUGCUGUAAUGUGCCUGCUGCCUAAAUGCUUCACUGCUAAUUCAAAGGGAAUCCCAUCUUGAAUUUUUUCUUUUCUUUUCUUUAUUUUAUUUAAUUUAAAUUAUUGAUAUGUCACCUUUCUCCCCAUAGGGGACUGAAUAACAUUCUUUUGAACAAGUACUGUUGCUGUUUCAAUGCCAUUUAUAUUGCACAUUAAUUAACAAUAUAGAAACCAGCCAGUAACACUUCUUAAGUCUUUAAACUGGUGUUAAGAACCAUUUGCAGUAUAGUACAAAUGUUCCAGCAGAAUCAUAUCACCUUUUUGGGGUCCAGUGGGAGUUCUAAGGUGCUUUUGUAGCUUCCUUUGCAGGACAUUUUGUCUUUUAUAAUCAGUGUCAUCCCAGCACACAGUUUUCAGAUAUUCUUACUCCUGAUUAUACUUCUUGAUCUUUCAGCUUUCAAUGGAUAUUCAGAGGAAAUGGCAGCAGUAAGGAGAAAGGCACAGUGGUGGCAAAUUCUGCAAAUCUGUGGCAGUUCUCCAAAAGAUUUAGAGCCUUUCUUUUUAUAAUUCUAAAUCUUACGGAAAGCUUCCACAAAUAAAAGUUUGCUGAUGCAAAUUGUCAUUCUCUUAAUAACAGGUGUGAUCCAAAAAGUAGUUUCUGCAAGCUUGAUGGGACUGGCAGGAAGUAGACGGAGUUACAGAAUAAGUUCAUGUUGUAACUCUUCCUGCAUCCAAGACAAACCGAAACAAAGCAGCUUAUUAUCAUCCAAAUCCAGGGGGAGGCUAAAAGCCCCCUUUGGAAACAGGGGUGCCCUGAGACCACCCCCCUUCCAUGAAAAGGCCCUUUGGCAUUCUGAGUUUAAAUUUCUGAUCUCUAAAGUUCUCCUUCUUUCUGGUAUAUGAACAGAAGCUUCCUGUAGCCAGUUCUGUCUAUGGCUGCACAGAAAGUAAUUCCCGCAGAUAAGGUACAGCAUUUCAGUUCAAGUGUUAUUACAUAAUUACUUGUACAGAAUGAAGUUAUUGAGGGAAGAUCACACACCGCAGAAAAAUCUAACAGAAUAGGUCAAUACACCACAGUCAGCAUUGCGAUGCCAAAAGUACAAUCACGCACAAAUGUUUUAAGAAAAAGAACAUUCCAAUAAAAUUGAAACAGCACAUGUUGCAUCUACGCACAACUUUUAUCUUUGCAUAGUUUUCUUAGUUAAUAUUUAUUUGCUGGCAUCAAGAGACAAAUAAUAUAUUUUAUAUUCCAAGACACAUGAAUGUGUGACUGUUCAUCUACGAACAGUCGUGUCCUUAAUUGACACUAAACUACUUCUGUAGUACAUGCAUCUUCCAAAUAUCAAGCAUAUAUCUAUAAUCUGAUAUAGUUAUAUCAUGUAUCAUGAAAAAUUUGUCAUGGCCAAGAUACUUUCUUGUCAGGGAAAUCUGGAUGAUUUGUUUUGUAUGUUUAAAUUUAGUUUUACUGUGAAUGGUGUGUUGAAAAUUCAGAAUGCAAAGUAUGUAUUUUUUAUAAGCUUAACUAAUGCUGUAAGUAGAAUUCUAAUCUGAUUACAGGUUUUUGCUCAGUGCCUGAAUAAAAAUAAA